GGUAGAACAAUAUGCUAAGAUCGCCAUGUCACUGUAGAUGGAAUUCCGUGUCCACAGACGCUUAUGAAGAGACGGUAUUAAGAGAAUUAAUACAUUUACUCAACACCUUCCUCAGACAGACGCAUUUGGCCCGUUAAAUCAAGUGACACUGCAAAACAAACUAGAGUCCCAGGAUGUCUUCAGUCCCUCAGGCUCACGUACAUACAGACUCCACCUCCACUGGUGUAGAGAUGGACCCAGUGGAGUAUACCUUAAGAAAGCGGCUCCCCAGAAAACUGCCAAAGAGGCGCAAUGAUGUCUACGUUAACAUGAAGACUGAUUUCCGGGCACAGCUGGCUCGCUGUCAGAAGCUUCUAGAAGGUGGUGGUCACAGGGAGAUCUGUGUCCAUGGCCUCGGUCUAGCCAUUAAUAGGGCUAUUAAUAUUGCCCUUCAGCUCCAGGCCAGCAGCCAGGGUGCACUACAGCUGGCAGCAAACACCUCUACCGUUGAGCUCGUGGACGAUUUGGAGCCUGAGGACCCUGACGAGGCUGCGGAGCCCAUGACACGAACACGCAACAACUCGGCCAUUCACAUAAAGGUUUUCUACCCUGAACCCCAGUGACAUGAUUGACAAAGUGCCCAGUAUAUGCAGCACAGUCCACCUAGGCCCAGUUAUACAAGAAAACAUCACGUGUUUGGUUUCUUUUCUGUAAUGACCUUUAAUGACAUUGAAAGAACACUGUAGAGUGGAACAGACAGGCAAGAAUUCAACCAGUGUCUGUAUGGUUAAACCCUGAACAGAGACAGUGUCAUUAGCCCGAGUACAUUGUGCUCACUUACGUCAUGUGCAGUAUCUUGAUUUUGAAGUUUGCAUGUCGAAUGCCACUGUGGUGUUGUACAGCUAAUUAUUACAUUUAAUUAUGAAGUAUUAAUGCAGUGUAUGUUGACCUGGCAGCAUCUGAGAUACAUCUGUGUUUUUACAUGUGAAGUGUGCAAAGGAUUAGUUUUGUUUGUUUUAAUAGUAUAAAUCCAAAAUCCAAUUCCUAUUCGAGCUGUUGCUGGUAAUGGCCACUAGAUGUCAUUGGUGAGUUACUUAGACUUCUGGAAAAGCCACAUGCGCCUCUCGAAACUGGUUUAUAGGAUGGAACAAUCCCAGUUAGAAGUAGAAAAGCAUUUGCUUUCAGCGAUGUGUCAUUUUCACUGCUGAUGUUAACAUUGGUUACACUUUGCCUGUAGGAAGUAAUGCAUAUGGUUUAGUCAGAGUAAUAUUAAUAAUAAAUUAUGUUGGCAUGAA